UUAGAGAGAAGAGGAGGGUCCUGCGCGCGUAGGGGGGCGGUCCGUUCAUCCACUCACACACAUAUGGUUCAGACGGGGUGAUGGAGCGUCCUCGACUGAACCUGAUGGAGCAAAGACACAAAUAGGGGCCGCGCGCGUUGCAGGCGCAACAGACACGGAACGACUGAACGGAGCUAACAGUCCGUUUGACUUUAACCGGCGAAAAGCGAAACCGAACACCGUUUGUUUUCUUCUGGGAAAGAACCGGACUGACCGCGGAACGAAUGUCACCGAAAACGAUUUGAACUGAAGACUUUCUGAACAGAAUUACGCGACGAUUUAUAAUGGUGGAGCCACUGCUGCGUCAAUAACAUCUGAGAUUGACCUGAAAACCACAUUCAAACACACCAGAGACGAACCACAACUUUUAACAUUGCAACUGAGGAAGAAAAAAACAACAACCUCAAGAUGUUUGACGAGUCAUCUCAGGAGAUGAGGGUGUUAAAUGCGACUGCUCCCAGUAGCACAAUUUCUUUCACCGAUGAAGCUGUGUCCAUCCUGACGUCAAGCAGUUUGCUUGCACGCUCACUACUGGGCCGAACGUCGGCGCUUAAACGCAAAGACACAGAUUCAGACAACGUCACCUCUGUGAGGCGUAAGCGGGAGUUUAUUGCUCACGAGAAGAAGGAUGAGGGCUACUGGGACAAGCGCAGGAAAAACAACGAAGCCGCAAAGCGCUCUCGUGAGAAACGGCGUGUAAAUGACAUGGUGCUGGAAAACCGCGUGCUGGCACUGCUCGAGGAGAACGCCAGGUUACGAGCGGAACUGCUCGCACUGAAAUUUCGCUUCGGCCUCAUUAGAGAUCCCUCAAACGCUUCCAUACUUCCGCUCACAACAGGAACCUGCGUCCCACAACCUUCGGCGCCACAUUACUACCUUCCACGUGGGGAUGGCGCUCACCAAGCUGGUCCAGUAUCAUCAAAUCAGUCCCAAAGCGGACCGCAAUCUGGCCGAAGUAUCAGAGAUACGAUCAGUAUGUCAGAAGACUCCGGUUUCUCCACACCCGGUGGGUCCAGUGUUGGUAGUCCCGUCUUCUUUGAGGACAGACUAAGUGACCAUGGAAAGUUGUCUCCGCACCAAGCAGAUGAACUGGGUUACGAGUCCCAUCACUCCUCAGCUGAUGUUUUAGCAACGGGACAGCUCACCAUGUCAUCCAACCGGAUGGAGUCAGUGGACAGUAUGAAGAGUCUUCCGCACAAGCUGAGGUUUAAGUCUCCAGGCGGCGGCGAAUGCGACAACCCCGGAGACCGACAAAGUCCUGUGCUGCCCGCAGUGGGCCCUAGGGUUUAUAACCUUUCGGGUACAACUGAAGGAGCAGGUUACUGGACACCACAAGACAGAGAAGACGCCCGAAAAGUCAUGCCACUACAGCAGCAGUACAGGAAUUACAGCCACAAUGUGAACCCAAGCGAAUCUCAAUACCAAGCCGAGAACAGCAUGCUCAAAUCUCAGCUCAGCUCUCUCGGCGAGGAAGUGGCCCAGCUCAAAAAGCUCUUCUCCGAGCAGUUGCUCACCAAAACGAAUUAAGACUUUGUAAAGAGUGCACUCGAACACUGCAAAUAUUCACAGUCGAAUUCAUGAACGUCCAUAGAUUAUGAAUGGAAAGAACGCAGCAUGUGCAUCACUACCUCUUCACACUCGGUCAUAACCAAACAGAACUUGCAUAUCCACCUUAUUUUGCAAUGUGGAAGUAAGCUAUUUUCUAUGUAUGUGCGAGACUUCUGGUUCAUUAGGUAAAAAACUAGAAGAAUAACAAAGUGCAGUAAACAGUAAAACUAUUUGCACCACAAAAAAGUGUGUUUAAGAUUACGAUACUAACUAAAAAUAUAAUAAGAAUUACCAGUUUGCGAUAUCAAGCAGCAUAAUAGCCUGGAAGCAAAUGACUCCGGAAGCCUCAGACAUUCAAGAUACAAAUGGCCGUGCUCCACUCUUAUGUUAUAAAUAAGGUGGAUAAUGACUUUUUUUUUCCCCUUCCUUCAACUUGCAUUCAGGAACAUGCAAGAUCAUUCCAGCGGCAUUGGCACAUGUCAGCUACAACACCUCACCUCAAUUCGAUCAGUUGGUCCUUUUGCCUCAAACACUGUGAUCUUGCUCAAAAAACGCCUCAGGCUCCAAUAAAACAAUGUCUGCACUCACAGACCUGUCUGUCACUGUCAAUUUAGAAAAGCAUAACAUCCUCCAUUGUAACGUCAUUCGUCUAUGUGCCAACACUACUUAAACACUUGUCAGUAAGUGAGAGGAGAUGCACUGUGAGCCUGAUAGUCUUCACACUGUAAUAUUCCUCCUGUGGUCUGACAGAUGUAUGAAUGAAGUAUAAGUAUAAAUAGUUUUUUUUUUUGCAUCAUAUAUACUGAUUAAAGCAGAUGAGGAAACACCAGGAAGGGGAAAAUAAUGUAAUUAAUUUUGAUUAUUGUCAUGAACCAGUAGCAACUCGGCACUGAAUGACUGCAUUUUUUUUUUCAUACAGAUUUCUGCCGUUGUCCAGACAAGGAUAAUAUCUAAUUGACCUACACUGUUACUUACAUUUUGUGAUGGUAAAAUUUCUGUCGUCUUGUGAGUUCUUGUGUACCUGUACAUGACAUGUUUGUGUGAAUAAAUAUUUGAACAGUU